AUGCCAACAGCUGCUGGUAGCACCUUCAAAGGUGAUGCUGCCAUGCGGCAGGAGCCGGGUAUUUUCCAGAAGGUGACCGACAAGGUCACAAACGUCUUCAAUGAUCGAACUGAGCAGGCUAAAGCCAAGGCUGCGGAAGCAGAGAAGGCAGCAGCAGAAGCGAGCCACUUGGUCAAAGACGCUGAGAAAUGGGAUAAUGCUGAUCAGGGGAAGAGCACCUGGCAGGCUGUGAAGGACACUGUGCUCGGAACAUCCGAGACAGCUGCUGAAAAGGCUAGGGAGGCUGAACAGCAAGUGCGCGAAGCAGCCGCAGCAGCUGGCCAGAAAGGAAAGGCCAAGGUCGACAAAGCCACCAAGACCACAAACAAGGUGACUGAGGAAGCCAGGAAGCAUUCGGACAUGCUGAAAGACAAGGCAUCAAGGGGUGCUGGACAUGCAAAGGAUGUGACCUAUGAUGCAGCAGACUCAGUCCAGCAAGGAGCCAAGGACACAGCAGGAAGCGCUCAGCACCAGAGCGAAACUGCCUGGCAGAAGGUCAAGGAGGUUGUCACCGACGCAUAUGAGCAUGUUGUGGGCGGUGCAACUGACAAGUCAGCAGAAGCUUCAGAGGCAGUGAAGGGUGCGCGUGACGCCGCUUCUGGGAAGUAUGAGCAGGCAAAGCAGGUGGCAUCAGAUGCCGCGUCAAGUGCUUCUCAGCAGGCCCAAGACACAGCUUCUCAGGCCCAGGAUGCCACAAAGCAUGCCAAGGAGCAGGGCGAGUCAACGUGGCAGCGCGUGAAAGACACAGCGUCACAGGCAUACGAGAAGGUGGCGCAUGCUACCUCGGGAUACAGCCAGGAUGCCGAGGAAGCAGUGGAUUCAGCAAGCAGGACAGCAUCAGAGAAGGCACGGCAGGCGCAGGCUGCAGCUGGCUCAGCCAAGGAUGCUGGGGCCAAGAAGGCAAAUGCAGCAUACAACACUGCUGCAGAAACAGCACAGAAGGCCAGUGACAAGUCCAAGAACGCGGGCAGUGCAGCCUAUGAUGCAGCAGCUGAGACAGCACAAAAGGCCAGUGACAAGACAAAGGGCGCUGGACGUGCAGCCUAUGACACUGCAGCAGACGCUGCGCAGAAGGCAAGUGAGAAGACAAAGCAGGCUGGCAGCGUGGCGUAUGACACUGCAGCAGACACAGCACAGACGGCAAGUGACAAGACAAAGAAGGCUGGGCGUGCUGCCUAUGACACUGCAGCAGACACAGCACAGAAGGCAAGUGACAAGACAAAGAAGGCUGGGCGUGCUGCCUAUGACACUGCAGCAGACACAGCACAGAAGGCAAGUGAGAAAACGAAGCAGGCUGGAAGCGGGGCAUAUGACGCUGCAGCAGACACAGCUCAGAAGGUGAAGGAGAAAGGGAAAGACGCUGCUGAUGCCGCCCAGGCAGCUGCUGGAAAUGCCGCAGACACAAUAGCCGAAUACAUGCAGUGGGCCAAGCAGAAGGCUGUGGACCUGCAGAACUCCGGGCGCUCUUCCACUGAGAACCUGAAGAAGCUGGCGAGCGAGAAAGUCACUGCUACCAAGGACAGCUCGGCGGCAACAACAAAGAGCGCGUCUGAUGCUGUGACCAACCGGCUCAACGCUGCUCGCGACAGUGCUUCUGGGCAGCUGGAGGAGGCACGCCUGACAGCUGAGCAGCAGUGGCAGAAGGCGCAGAAGGCAUGGCAGUCAGCCACGGGCGACAACCGCUCCACAGCUCAGAAGCAGUGGGACAAUGCCCAGGCGCUGCGCGCAGACAUCAACAAGAAGAUCCUGGAAGCUGAGCGCCAGCUUGAGAGCUCGUAUGUCUCCUCUCGCGCAGCCAUCGAGAAGAAGUGGGCUGAUGUGCGGUCUGAGCUGUGA